AUGACACCGCAAGAAAGUCGAACAACAGAAACAAGGGACGCCGAGGACUCCCCUUCCCCUAUGGACAUAGAUGUCGAAGUUCUGGGCCGGCAGCGCCCGGCAGUGUUUGGGUCCUGGCUAUCAGAGGUCGGCUUUUGCUCCUCACUACUUGGACUCAUGCUAAUGGGGGAAUAUCUCGUCGGUGGCUUUCACAUCAUCCUCCCCCAGCUUGCAUCCGAUCUCAAUAUCCCCAGCGAAUCCCAGACGUGGCCAUCGAGUGUGUUUUCCCUUGUCGCUGGCGCCUGCCUUCUCCCAUUCGGCCGAGUAAGCGAAAAGUUCGGAGGUUCUAUUACGUUCAAGAUUGGUCUUGGAUGGUUCUUCCUUUGGACCCUGUUGUCCGGCUUCAGCCAUAACUACGUCAUGCUCAUAGCCUGUCGCGCCAUGGCAGGCUUGGGGAUCUCUGCAGUCCUCCCGGCCGGCAUGAUGAUGCUCGGCAAGACCUAUUGA